CGCAACGAAACAGGAAUGUUCGUGAAUACACGAAUACGUUUACUACACCUAUAUACAUCACACUAAACAUCACGGUCGUACCCGCAGGUACGAGAAAGCACCAGUGUUUCUCAACCUACGGAGUAUUGACUUAUUUCAAGUUUAACUUAAGCCCAUAUAAUUUUACCCUUUGUAUCAUAUUUUCAAUCUAUUAAUUAUUUAAUUAAUUUUUCUAAAUAAAAGUUAAUUUGCUUUUCAUUUCACAAUGUAAAACGAUUCUGAUAAAUUAGUCGGGUCCAACGAAACAUGUAUAUGUUGAACAAUAUGAAUGGUUUCGAAUUAAUAGCACAAGGCGCCGAGGCACGUGUGUAUAAGGGUAUUUAUUUAGGUAAACUAACGUUAAUCAAAGAGAGAUUCGAAAAAAAAUAUAGGCAUGCUGAUCUAGAUAAGCGUCUCACAAAAGAUCGAAUAAAAGCUGAAUGCCGUGCUAUAAUUCGUGCUAAAGCCGCAGGGGUUGCAACACCAGCUAUAUAUUUGGUAAAUUUAGAGCGGCGGUGUAUUUAUAUGGAAUAUAUACAAGACGCAAUAAUACUAAAAGAUUUUAUCGAUGAAAAAGUUUCAAAAGAAACAAAUGAUGAUCGUUUAUUAAACUUUAUAGCGCAAGGACUUGGAACAGUUAUUGCUAAAUUACAUUCGAAAAAUAUAAUUCACGGAGACAUGACUACCUCAAACGUACUUUUGAAAAAUAUUAAUGACGAUCACAUUGGAAAAUAUGUUGCGAACAAUUUUGUUAUAAUAGAUUUUGGUUUGGCUCGUAUAGAAUCGAGCGUAGAAGAUAAAGCAGUUGACUUGUACGUUCUUGAACGAUCAUUACUAAGUGCACAUUCAGAAGUACCUCUUUUGUUUUCAAAAAUAUUUGAGAUUUAUCAGAAACAUUACACAAAUAAAAGUCAGUGUAAAGAAAUUGUUUCUAAAUAUAAAGAAGUACAAUUACGGGGGCGGAAGCGAUUAAUGAUCGGUUAAUUUCAAUAUAUUUUUUAUGAAUAUAUUAAACGCAUUUUAUUAACAUAUUCUCAAUAAUUUAUACAUGUUAAAUAUACCUUAAAUAAACCACCUUAUAUGAAAUUUGAGCUGUACUGUUUUAUUUUUAAUCUAUAAUUUUAAGAUUAUAUAUUAAUUAGUUCUGAUUUAUUAUUUAGAUUAUUUUUAUUUAAAUAUUCAUAACUUUAUAGAUAUAGAAAUUUCUUUCCAUCAGUGUCAUUUACUUCUCAGAAAAAUGUUCUAAUAAAUUGUUAUUAAUCAAAUUUAACAUAUACACAGUUAUAUUAACAUUUCAAAUUGAUUUUUUAUAUAAUAGCCUUGUGCUUAUUAAGACAAAAGCUAAGGCUGUUAAUACAUAAUAUAUUUAAACAGUAAAAACAAUAUUGAGUAUAAAAAUUUUAUGAAUGAUACAUUCAGUAUUAAGUCUGGUCAAAUAUUGAGCAAUAUGGUUAUUUAAAAUGUUUAUUUAUAUUAAUUAUCUGCACAGAUAUAUAAUCUGAUUUGGCAUAUGCAACAUGUUUUCGUAACAUAGUUUACAGUACUUACUUGUGUCAAUGAUAUGCAACAAAGAAACUAAGUUUAAAAUAAAAAUAUUUUAUAACUAAUAUUUAAAAACAUUUUCUUUAAUAGUAAAUAAUUGACCUUUGAAAUAUAACACAUAAUUUUCUAUACAAAAAAAGAAACUUUUUGAUGAAGAAAUACUUUUUUGUGAUAAUGUUUAAUUCCAUAUAACAAGUUAUCCGAGUAAUGAGAAAUUCUUUUGUAUAUUUAUUGCGCUACAAAUUCAAAGCGCAUAUAAUCUAUAUGAUAAAUAAUUGCUCUUUACAAAAAUGUUUAUGAAGCAAAUUGCAUAUAUGCAUGGAGCACUUGAUUGUUGAAAUAUAUGUAUUAACAUCUUUAUCAGUCAAAUCAUCAUUGGUACAGUUAUGAAAAUGCUCAAUCAAAGUGUAGUCCUGAAUAUAUAAUGAUCCAGGUCACC